AUAUAAACAUAAAAGAGGCGUGGCCAUUUGGUCAGAACGGAGACGGAGAGGAGGCGCGGAGAGGAGAAGAUGGAAGCUUUUUCAGAGGAGCAGAGAGCUAAUGCCACAAAGUUCUUUCAGUCAUUCCUGUCGCAGAGGUCCGAGGAAGACAGCACUCUGUUGACGGUGGCGCGGCCGUGCUUUACGCUCGAGGAGCUGGAGGGAGAAUGUCUCCACGUCGCCAGGCGAUUUCUCUCCGCGAGGGGUUGUCCGGGCAUUCUCUCGUAUCACGUGUCUAACCACGCAGUCCAGAAGGUGGCAACAGGUAACGUGGACGACCUCUGGAAGAAGGAGCCAGUGGAAGGAGACGAGGAGGAGGGAAGAGAGGGAGAGAGAGUCUUGUCGCCAACAGCAGUCGCUACUGCAUUGUUAGAUGCCAUAGAGGAGGUGUGUCGGUCUUGGGCUGAGGUGCUGCCCCAGCUUACCCAGGUUCCGGGAAGCAUAGAGUUGAGCUUACACGCCAUCAAAAACACCCGGAGGAAGAUGGAAGACAGACAUGCAGUCUGCGUCGAUAUCAACAGUCUGUUUGGCCUCCAGGACUGCCCUCCUCAGUCCUACUACGCAGUGUUUGAUGGUCAUGUGGCAGUAGAUGCUGCAGACUAUGCCUCAGUGCACCUCUUACCCAAUGUUGUGAGACAUCCUGACUUCCACACUGAUCCAGCCAGUGCCCUCAGAGGAGGCAUUCUCACCACUGACCAGCGGUUCUGCAAGCUUAACCAGAAAGCAGGGAGCACAGCAGUGGUGGCCCUCCUGCGAGGCAGCACCCUCCACGUGGCGUGGGUAGGCGACUCCCAGGCCAUGUUGUUCCGCAGGGGACAGGGGGUGGAGCUUGUCAACCCUCACAAACCUGACAGAGAGAAUAUUACGUCCUACAUCAGUGAGUCUUUCUCUGCCAUCGUCCAGGAUGAGAGGGAGAGGAUAGAGGAGCUGGGGGGAAUGGUGAUCUGGCUGGGGGCGUGGCGGGUCAACGGGAGCCUCUCUGUGUCCAGAGCCAUCGGAGAUGCCAGGGACAAGAAGUUUAUCACUGCUGACGCUGACACUAACACGGUGGAGCUGGAUGGAACAGAGGAUUUCCUGGUGGUGGCCUGUGACGGAGUGUGGGACGUCCUGAAUGCAGAGGAGAUGAGUGAGGAAGUCUGGAAAUACUUCUCCAGUGGUGGGAGCAAACAGACUUUUGCCAAGGCUCUGGUUGAAGCUGCUCGGAGAGAGGGAUCUGGGGACAAUAUGACUGUCAUCGUCUUCUUCUUCCCCACCUUCCAACUGCCAACCGGUCCUCCCAGCAAGACGUCUGCAGACGAGACUGGAGACGGCAACACUGACACUACUAGUCAGCAGAUGGCUGAUGCUGCUGAGCCUGGGGGAGGCACUAAUUAGAGUUUAUAGGAAUUAUUUCCACUUUUUCCUGAUUAUGUGUGUGUACAGAGAUGAAGUGGUUGUGUAAUUUAUGGCGAUUUGAUUGUAGAUGAAGUGGCGGCUAUAAUAUAUGCUACUUUGUGAGUGUCUGGUUGAGUCUCUCAAUGUCCAGGAGACAGUCUCUGAGAGCUGUUCUGGCCAGAGCUAUAUCUGUAUAUAGAAUAGAGAAAAUGAGGACUGUCAACUGUGCAGGAGACUCACUUCUCUUGAGUCGGUCUGCAGACAUCUUGCUGUUGGUGUAGGAUGGCUUCACGUCCUUCCCCACCUCUGCAAUGGUUCUCAGCAGCUCGUCGUUGUGGGUCUGCAGGUUGUGGACGACCGGGGGAGCCAGUGCGGGGACUCCUACCUCACCUCCUCCAGCCUGCUUGAUUGCGCCGUCCUUCCCUUCUGAAGCUACACCAGAGGCUUGUGAUGUGGAGGAACCGCUGGAUGGAGGCUCCUGGACCACAGACACUGCUGUACCACCAGUAGACAUUUUCCACGGACUCAAAGAG